AGACGGCGAGAACACGACAGCAGAGGUGCUAGCAUAGCAAACAUCUCGUCAAUUCGAGGACUAAAAGUAACAAGAGAGAAAAUUGGAUUUUUCAAUGUUUGAUGCUUACGUUGCUCCAGAAAGCCAAACACCAAAGUAGUUGUAGGCCAGACGUGAUUCCCCGCAUCCUGUUGUGAGGUGUAAUUUGGAAAUUACGCCACCGCAGAACAUACAUUGUAUAUGUUCAUAUCUAACGGUUAGCUGACAGGCUACCUAGCACAGCCAUUGGGGCAAUGGCGUUGAAAAGAAUUCAGAAGGAGCUGUCCGACUUGCAGAGGGACCCCCCUGCUCAGUGCUCUGCAGGACCAGUUGGAGAUGAUUUGUUUCAUUGGCAGGCAACGAUAAUGGGUCCAAGUGACAGCCCCUAUCAGAAUGGAGUGUUUUUCCUUACCAUCCACUUUCCCACAGAUUAUCCAUUCAAACCACCAAAAGUUGCAUUUACAACCAAAAUUUACCACCCUAAUAUUAACAGCAAUGGAAGUAUUUGUCUGGAUAUACUGAGAUCACAGUGGUCACCUGCACUAACAGUAUCAAAAGUAUUAUUAUCAAUAUGCUCCCUUCUUUGUGACCCAAACCCCGAUGACCCUUUGGUACCAGAGAUCGCUCAUACAUACAAGGCUGACAGGGAAAAGUACAACAAAUUAGCAAGAGAAUGGACCCAGAAGUAUGCAAUGUGAGGUUGCCAGGGAGACGGAAAUCCAAAAGGAGAACAAAAGAAACAUGUUUGAUUUGUAACUGGAGGCCUAAAAAAAAAAAAAAAAAAAACAUCAGCAAACAAUACAACAGACAACCUUUUGGACAAGGCAGCAAUGUAAUGAUGUGCUGAGUUGAUCCAACGCGCUGUCCUUUAUGGGUGUAUGGAUUUCAGCAGGACCUGAAGGGCUCCUGGAAGCACUCCCUUACUGAAAACCAGACAAUACUCACAGCCCAAUGCCACGCUCAAGACUUGAAACUGUUACUCUUUCUAUUGUUCUUGCUGCCAUCUUUGUUGCUUUACCUUUCAUCCUCGUGUUGUUUUACUGGCUGAAUUUUGGAAACAAUCGCCUUGAUUUUGGGGAUGCUGCCUUUGUCCCACUGGAUGGUCUCUUCAAUUACUGUAUUUCCGUGGAUUUAGUGGCCUUUCUGUGUUCUAAUGUUUUGGUCGAUGUGCAAUUGAGACAGAAUGUUCCCGGUUCAACACAAUAAUGGUGCAGUGCCAUUACCAGCAACUGAUCACAUGGCACAUACUAACACUACUCCAAAACAAUGUGAAAAUGUAACAAAAAAGGACUGAUCAGAUAUCUUCCUUUGCUUUUGGAAUCGCAGCAUGUAGCGUUAAUGGCACUGGAGCUUUAUCUGCCUGCCAGCAGCCCCCCAACACACACACACAUACACACACACACAUUAAUCAGAUGGCAACUGGAUUUUUCUCACAUUUUGUCAUUGCUCACUAACUAUCCUGUAGAAGAAUCCACUGACGAUGGGUCUGCCAAAUGUUACUGUUACUUGACAUAUUGCUGGUAUGAUCAUGGCUACUCCUCGGCACGUAGCUAAGCUAUGUGUUACCUCCUCGGUACAGUUCCUCAGGUAUCAAACCCAAUCAUCAGCCUUUUUAAUAAGCAGUGACCCUUGGUGAGAAAAAUGCCUGGAGCCCAUAUUGUAGGUUUUAUGAUUGUUCUUCUUCAAAAAAAAAAAAAAAAAAGUGCUGAAAGACAAAGCUGAUCAGCCCUGAUGUUUGUUUUACAAAAGUAUUCGUUUUUUUGGAGAGGCGGCUCCUUUCACUCUUUACAUUUGUUUUAUGAACAAAACUUGGAUGUGAACAACUUCACAACGUAUAUGCUACUGAUGCUUUUGUCAAUGCUCUAAAGUGGAACUGAAUAUUUUUCAGGGUAAGUUAAUGACACCUCCCCCCUGAAUUUCAGGUGAUGUCAACCUGCAGUUGUCCAUGCUUGUAUUCAUAAUUACACAAGUAUAAUUUGGGGUAAACAACCUCAGCUUACAGUUGACCAGUUUAUCUGGUUGUCACGUUUUUGUUGUAUCUUUAAGAUUUUCAGUUUUAGCCUUCUGUUAAUGUCAUCUGAUGUAUCAUGAUUGCAAUUUGUCACAUAAUAAUGUUAGUUUGAAUUUUAAUACAUUGUGACUGUUGGAUAAACUAGUUAGUGUGUGCCAUUUCUUUCCAUGUACUGAUGCUGUCAAUAUAAAGGGAAAUUAUUUAAUAAAGUGGAAGAAAUGCAUCAUCCAACACAUGCAAAAUGGUCCAUAGCAAAGCAUGAACAUUUGGUAGCUUUAAUAUUAGAUUUUAGACCAUGUUUUAGAUUUAAAUUUCAUUGUUUGUUGUAGUAGGGAAAACGCCUAAAAGACUAUAUAUUAUAAGGUUUUGAAAAAAGCUACACUGAAUGAAGUAAAGGUCUUUUUUUUGUUUUUGUUUAGAUUUUGUGUACAUUGUUUAUCUGGCUACGUUUUUAAAGCUCCAGCUGAAUGACUGAAUGCAGCCUCAAUCCAUUGUGACUGACGUUACCAUUGACUCUUGUGCUCAAAGUUUAUAUAGGCAGCUUGGCAUGCUUUGCACUCUAGAGAACCUUCUCUCACCCACUUGCCAGAUAUCAGGGAUUUUGUUAUAAUUCAUCUGCCUAACACAUCUGAUGAAACUUAGCCUUAACCCUCAUUUUGUAUAUACAGAAAAAACAUCUAAAGUGUCAAAUGCCUAAAUUAGAUGUCAUGGCUUGUUCAUUUCAUUAGAGAUUUUUUUUUCUUUCUGAAUUCAGGGCUGGCUUUCAUGCAGCUUCAAUUUUGAAAUUAUUGUGCUUGAACUGUAACCUUGAGCAUCCACAUCGCUUCACUUUGUCCAUACAAGGUAACUGUUGACAUUGUCAUUAAACGUAAAUAAAUACAAUGGAUUUUC